AUGCACUUCUAAUAAAGCGGCUGCGUGGAUUCAGCAUGAAUUAAUUCAUGCGAAGUCUCGCGGUGUUCACGCAUCCUCUCAGACAUCUUGCGUUUGUCCGGCUACUACAGUUUUGCUACAUGCACCGACAGAAACGCGCAAUAAAACCCCACCGAGCUCUGCGCGGUCACCGCUCGCGCUUUCACACGCGGGGCUGAAUUGAGUUUGCGUGUCAGACCCAGUCGGAGGGAAUCGCGUGCGCACGGGCUUUUUGCGUAUUGUGCGUCAUUUCUGCAUUUCUGCAUUUGCACGCAGGGAAUAUGGCAACACCCGCCGCUGUGAAUCCAUCGGAAAUGGGCACGGAUCUUCCUGGACCGGUAGCCAUGCCAGGCGGGGUGGUAGGUGCGGGCCAAGUCAAGAUGGCGGGUGCCAUGCCAGGACGAGGUGGCAAGCGGAGAUCAGCGGGAAUGGAUUUCGACGACGAGGACGGUGAAGGACCCAGCAGAUUUUCAAGGUAUGAUGACGAUCAAAUUCCAGGUGAUAAGGAACGUUAUGCCAGAGAGAACCACAGCGAGAUUGAGCGUCGCCGGCGUAAUAAGAUGACCCAGUACAUCACAGAGCUGUCGGAUAUGGUGCCCACCUGCAGCGCGUUGGCAAGGAAACCAGACAAGCUGACUAUCCUUCGUAUGGCGGUCUCACACAUGAAGUCCAUGAGGGGAACGGGAAACACAUCGACCGAUGGAGCGUACAAACCAUCCUUUCUUACUGAACAGGAACUAAAACACUUGAUACUUGAGGCAGCUGAUGGCUUUCUGUUCGUGGUGGCGGCUGAGACAGGUCGCGUCAUCUACGUGUCCGACUCCGUGACUCCCGUCCUGAAUCACCCCCAGUCCGAGUGGUUCGGCAGCACGCUGUUUGAACAGGUUCAUCCGGAUGAUGUGGACAAACUGAGGGAACAGCUGAGCACCUCUGAGAACUCCAUGACGGGACGCAUUUUGGACCUGAAGACGGGGACAGUGAAGAAGGAAGGACAGCAGUCUUCUAUGAGAAUGUGUAUGGGCUCCAGACGUUCCUUCAUCUGUAGAAUGAGAUGCGGCAGCGCACCGUUGGAUCAUAUCUCACUGAAUCGCUUAUCCAGUAUGAGGAAAAGAUACAGGAAUGGACUCGGACCAUCUAAGGAGGGGGAGGCGCAGUACUCAGUUGUGCACUGUACUGGCUACAUCAAGGCCUGGCCACCAGCGGGCAUGACCAUUCCUGAUGAAGACACUGAAGCGGGUCAAACCAGCAAAUACUGCCUGGUUGCGAUUGGAAGACUGCAGGUGACCAGUUCUCCCGUGUCAAUGGAUAUGAACGGCCUCUCCGUGCCGACAGAAUUCCUCUCCCGCCACAACUCAGAUGGCAUCAUCACUUUUGUUGAUCCUCGUUGCAUCAAUGUGAUUGGCUACCAGCCUCAGGAUCUUCUUGGCAAAGAUAUUUUGGAGUUUUGUCAUUCAGAGGACCAGAGCCACUUGCGAGAAAGCUUCCAACAGGUAGUGAAGCUGAAAGGCCAGGUUCUGUCGGUCAUGUACCGGUUUCGGAUGAAGAACCGCGAAUGGAUGCUCAUCCGAACCAGCAGUUUCACCUUCCAGAACCCUUAUUCAGACGAGAUCGAGUACAUCAUUUGCACGAACACAAAUGUGAAGCAACUUCAACAACAGCAGCAGGCCGAACUUGAAGUUCACCAGAGAGAUGGACUGACUGCAUAUGACCUGUCCCAGGUGCCGGUUGCCAGCGUGCCAGCUGGUGUUCACGAGGCUGGCAAGACCAUCGACAAAACCGAAUCUCUGUUCACCCAGGAAAGAGACCCUCGCUUCAGCGACAUGUAUACUGGAAUCUCUGGAUCUGAUAAGAAGAUGAUGGUACCAUCUUCAACUGCCGGAGGACAGCAGCUCUACUCUCAAGGAAGCCCGUUCCAGCCUGGCCACUCAGGCAAAAGCUUUAGCUCAUCCGUGAUUCACGUACCAGGGGUCAAUGACAUCCAGUCAACGGCCGGUUCGGCUGGACAGAACCUUACCCAGAUUUCCCGGCAGAUCAACAGCGGCCAGGUGUCAUGGACUGGAAGCCGACCGCCCUUCUCUGGCCAGCAGAUUCCGGCACAAUCCAACAAGGCCCAGUCAUCACCGUUUGGCAUCGGCUCCAGCCACAGCUACCAGGCCGACCCGUCGUCCUACAGCCCUCUGUCCAGCCCCGCCACCUCCUCACCCUCCGGGAACGCCUACUCUAACCUGGCCAAUCGCAACACUGCUUUCGAUGUGUCAGGAGAAAGCAGUCAGAGCGGAGGGCAGUUUCAGGGUCGACCCUCUGAGGUCUGGUCCCAAUGGCAGAGUCAACACCACAGCCAGCAGGGUGGAGAUCACCCCCACCCUCAGUCUAACCAAACAGAGGUCUUUCAGGACAUGUUACCAAUGGCUGGUGAUCCCACCCAAGGAACAACCAAUUACAACAUUGAAGACUUCCCUGACCUCAGCAUGUUUCCUCCAUUUACCGAGUAACCGGAUUCGUUUGUUGCUUUUAUUUUGUUUUGGUUCGGACUGCAGUACUUUCAUCUCACACAUUCACAUGACGCUGCUCUACUUUUGAAUUCGCAAACUCCUGAAAACGCCAUUGACUUUGUCGCUUAAAAGCAGAAACACACACAACUCUUGUGUGAAAGCUGUUUAUCACUUACAAACAGACUCGUACAAAGGACGAACUGCAGAGAUGCUGGGGCGAAUUCACAAAACACAUUUUAGUGCAAAACCCUGUAUUUGCAAAAGGCAGCACUGUUAAAGUUGCACUAUUAACACCUAUAGAAAGCAAACGUUUGCCUAAAAGAGACGUUUUUGUAUAAUCAGUUGUUCUUGGCAGAUGCCAUAUCCAUACGCAUGCUAUAUAACACUGUACAACCCGGCAGUCAGAACUGACCUGCACCGUGUGAUUUGCAUAAUUCCUAUCGGGUGCUAAAACAACGCAUGCAAAUAAAUGACGCGAUCAGCUGACGUAGAUCUUUUUUUUUUUGCCAUUUUAUCGUACAGAAUAUGUAUUUUGAGAAUCUUUAUUGAUGGAAACGCUUUUCACAUUGCCAAACAGCAUCUUGCUGCAAUAUUUUUGUGCCGCGCCAUUUCGUAACAUUGCGAAACGACGCUUAUGUGUAAUAUGUAGUCUAUGUAGUGUUGUCUAUAACGUAGCUUACUAAUAAUAAUAAAUACAGAUGGAUGUAAAGACAAAAAAAUAUUUGAUUUACAUUUACGAAUUUGAAUUUUUUUACUUACUUUUUACAAAACUGCUAAUCGCAUUCUCAGCUAUCAACAUCCUCCUCAUCAUUAUAUAAGCAAACGCAUUCGCUGUGUUUAUCGUAAUCUAUGUGGCAGCUGCAAUUUUUGGUUAUUAUUAACUUUUGAACUGAUAAUGUGGACUUAUACACUACACACUUUUUCACGAUGAAACAAGUCUAAAGAAAUGGACCGAUGGGAAAACAUGAAUCUUUUUGGUAAUCAAAUGGAUGUUUUUAUGUAAAUAACGUGAUUUUUAUGUUAGUGUUUUAUGUCACAUACAGCUACUACAUACUUGUGUAGGGUUAAUAUCAUUGUGUGCAAUGUGAGUACAUGCGUAACUCUUGUUACUUAGUUAGCUUGUUCAUUGUACAAUGAGUUUAGAAUUGUAUAAAUUGUGUAAAUGUGUUACGUUAUUUUUGUGUAACUUUAUGACUAUAAAUUGUGCUUGUGACAAUAAAUUCUCAUUGAAUA